CAAACACGUCCCCCUCCUCAUCUCAUAUCAUCGUGUCGUGUGAGACAUUGAACUUGUGGUGGAAAGCAUCGUUUCUGAAAUAGCACACGGAUUGAACCGAGUCUGAAGCCAUGGAUGUAAGGAUUCUUCCAAUGCCCCUCUCUCUUAUCUGCAGAAGAGCCUGCACCGUCUGUCGAGCUGUGGGAAUCAAUGAGGUGUCUUUUUGAGUGCUGUGCUGGACUGCUUGGUCCAGAUUGGCUCUGUUGUCUGUUGUUGCUGUUGCCUGCGUGUCAGAAGUACUCUGUGUUGUGUGAGCUAUCUGCAGAUGCCCUUCAACGUCCGACCGGCUCAACCAGAAAUGAGUUGUUUUCUGUGCUCGGAUACACCCAGAGCAAUCGAUUCUGUUUUGUACGAGUCUAUGCACGUGUCAAACAUGCCCGGCGAGUCCCAGGUGUUUUUUCACGUUCUCAUCACAUUCGAGCUCGGGGCACGUGACCUGUAUUCACACUUUCACCUCAUGUUGUUGGAGAGGACUAGAUAGCUCAUGGGCAUUCAUUUCUCUGCUGUCUUUGUUGUCUCUGCUGAAAGCUUCUCACGCGCUUGGUCAUCAUGGAGCUACCUCGUCGGAUCGAACCUGGCUGGGGGAGCGCAUCCAAACUGACCCCAAGCGAGAAUACUACAGCCCCCAAGUCUGAU